AUGUACAACCGUUUAUUUCUGUAUAAUUUUGGCACCACAACCCGAAAUAUGGAUGAUAUAACCAAAGAAGCCAGAGGCAAAGAAAUAAGACGUCUUUCGCUACCAUUUAACGGGGAUCAUGCCUUUUAUAUUCCAAACAGAAGGCACACAUUAGUCCCUGUUCGAAGUAUUCUAAAACAAAAGUUAGGUGAGAAUAAUACAAUAAGCUUGUCAUCUGAUGUAUAUUUGAAAGAGAAGAGACGGGUGUCUUUUGCACCAGAAGUAACUUUACAUAAGAUUGAUUACAGGAAAUGUGAUGAGAACUCGAGCUCUAAGAGGAAGAGUUCCAAUCAGGCAUCAGGUAACGAGAAACUAAGCACCUCACAAUAUAUUGGAAAGAUUUAUGACGCACCGAAUCAACACGAAGCUCCUAACAACUUGGAAACUGCUCAUGAGAAUAUUGAGCCUAAUCUGACAAGUACUCAAAAUGAUUUUAUUAUUGAUGAAGAUACUCAAACUAUGGAAAUGAGUAUUGAACUCACACAACAGAUUUUAAAACAACAAGAGCUUGUGAAAGAGCAACAUAAUGUACAAACUCAAGACAGUGGUAAUAAUAUUACAAUAGAAAAUUUUCGAGAUCUUUUUAAUGAGGUUGAGGAUAAUGACCAAAGUGAAAUGGAAUUCACCGAAACAGCUCAAACUAAAGACUUGCAGGAUGACGGGCCCAGGAUUGACAAUAAGAGAUUUUCGCAGAAUGAUCUACCAGAGGAAAUGAGUAUGGAAUUGACACAGCCGAUAAAAGAGCUGCCAAGCGAUCGCUCUGGGGCAUUCAGCGGCUCUACCACAGCAAUAGUUAAACAGCUGGACAGUGAACCAGAAUUUCGUAGAGAAGAUAAAGUUGAUUUUCACCCAACUAAAAGAGAUCUUGGAAGCUUGAUGGGACACUCUCCCUCAACUUCUGAGUCUGUUCCCACACAGGCAUUGCAAGAGAAAACAGAGGAGUUUACUGAGAUGGAGUUUACAGAGCCAAUUCAUAGUGAUAAAUUGCAACUUGAGCCAAACACCCAUGUUAAUGAAAAAAAUGAUGACAAUCAAGAAAUGGAAUUCACCCAACCAGUUGAUAGAGAUACAUUUUUCCUUCAAAAAGAAUCAGAGCAGCAGUCAAGCUCUGAAGAUAAAUUGACUACAGUGGAGGAAGUUUCAGAACCUUCUACAAGUGCGUCUACAGAUAAUUUUAGUCGAGUAGAGGUCGAGAAUAAAGAAAACAUGAUUAAUAUAUCUUCCGACUCCAGUGGGAAAAUGAAACUUCAGCAAGACAUUAGAGCUAUUGGAAAUGGACAAACAGAAGAGAGUAUAGUAACCCAAUUGGAGCCUCAAAUUUUUCAUGAUGAUUCUGCAAAUAGUUCCACCAAUGAUGUACCAGAUUCAAGUGAGUUGGAAACAUCAUUAAUAGGAACAGAAAUCGUACCUCUCGCUGAAAUCACUGGUGAUUCUACGGAGAACGGCGCUUAUGAUUCUGAUAAUUCUUUUACAGAUGAUAACCACCUAAACGUUUCACUUGAUGUGUUUCUAAAUGAUGUUGGCAUUCAGUUUUUUGAUCAUAUUGGUCCGUCUGAAAGUGAAAUUCAAAACACAUUAUCAUUACUUUCUGAAAUUGAUCCAACACAUAACCCCAGAUCUCCAUCGGUUGCCGAUUCAACUUCUUCUUUAUCGACCCCUUCAUCCAUAAACACUAAAAGAACAAAUAUCAUUGACUAUAUUGAUGCCUGCUCAAAUAUUCCGUAUUACCAUUAUCUAGUACAUUUGGUAAACCAAUACCGCUCCUCUAUUCAGUCAAUCUCAACGAUGGUUAACACUUUUUCUAAUGAUUUUCUUGAGUCGAAUCCAACAGCAAUCAGAGAAUAUUAUCAACAAGCCGAAGAAGUAAAGAAUGAUCUCUGCACUAAUUACCAAGCGAUUGCUAUUUUUACCAGGAAACAAUCCAAGUGCCAGAAUUUGAGGUUUGUGACAAGUCUAUUGAACCAAUUAUCGAUAUCUUACGAGCGAUCCAAUGAACAAUUGGAAAGCGAUUUAGGUGUUGCCAUUGAUUGGAGAAAAAACGUUUUGAUUGAACGACAGAAGAUGAUUGAACAAAAAGUUCUGCUGGAUCAAAUUAUUCAAAAAAUUAACUCUUUGAAGAGCAACCUGAGCAUUAGUAAUAUGAAUAAAAUCAAAGAUGCAAGGAAGCAACUUGUGGAAAUUGAACAGCAACACGAUUCUACGAAAGAAAAAAAUCAAAAGUAUACUAGUAUUGUUGAGGAUAAGGAGAAAUUGAUAAUAGAGAAGCAAAAUAUUAGAGACCAACUAAAAUUAGAGGUUGCUGAACUUAAAGAGGAAAUUUAUAGGAAGCAGAUUCCUUCUUUGGGUGACCUCAAGAAGAAGAAGCGGAAAUUAGAAAGUCUUGAGUCAUCUAAGAAAGUGAAAAUACUCGGGGCAGACCCAAUUGUUUUAUUAAUAUCAGAUGUUCUUCAGGUAAAGUUUAUACCCAUUGCUUCGAAUUACAAGGUCAGUGUAUUUGUAUAUAAGGCGGAAAGAUUCUUCCCAUUUUCAUCUCUAGUCGAUAGAUUCAUUAAUUCUCACGAACAAAAUAUUGAAUACAUGGAGACAGCCUCUUUCAUUAGAACGAUCAGACGUAAAUGGAUCAGUUUUAUCAAUUUAUGGAAAGAGAUUACAACUAUAUAUUAUUUGCAUUCAGGGAAGCUCGAUGAAGACAAAUUUGUGUUUCAUGUCUCAUUGUAUGUUGACGAAUUUGAAGAUUGUUUAGAGUUCGCAUUAGAGGGAAGGCUGGAUGAUUUACUUGACCCCGAGACUGACAUCAAGGUAAAAUUGACCGUUCAAUCUACAACAGAAACAAAUUACGACAGUCAUAUGCUUUUAGAUAUGUUUAAAUCCUCGUUUAAGAAUAAUAAUGUAGUAAAUAGAUUUGUAAGCUGA